CGACAUCAAAGGGUCCAGGUGCUGUGCCAGGACAUGCCACCCUUCUGGUGUCUCAUCUUUCUUGGGGGCCUUCUUCCCCCCUCCCAGGGCCUCCUCAACCUCCUGAAUGCAGCACAGCCCAUCAGUGGCCUGCUUAGCAGUGGUCUCACCGGUGGAAAAAGUGGGUUGCCUGGCACAGGUGCUCUUGGUGAAGGUGGGCUGCUUGGCACUGGCCUCCUGGGCGAAGGAAGUCCAAGUGGAGCAGAAAGCGGAGGUCCCCUUGGUGCAGGAAAUGAACCCAGCGGAGCUGGGCUCCUCGGCACAGGCCUCCUAGGAGGACAACCUGGCAGCAAUGGGCUGCUCGGCACAGGCAUCCUCAGUGGGAAAGGCCUUGGUGCAGGCCUCCUUGGUGAAGGACUUGGCCCAAACCUCCUUGGUGAAGGACUUGGCCCAAACCUCCUUGGUGGAGAAGGACUUGGCAAAGGAAUCCUUGGUGGAGAAGGAGCUGGCACAGGAAUCCUUGGUGGGAAAGGCCUUGCAACAGGCCUCCUUGGUGGGGAAGGACUUGCUAAGGGUCUCCUCAGCAAUGGCCUCCUUGGCAAUAACAGCCUUCUUGGAGAGACAGGUCUGCUUGGAGCAGGGCUGCUUGGAAAAGGAGGUCUCCUAGGCAAUGGAAGUCUGCUUGGACUUGAUGGUCUUCUGGGUGAAGCAGGAGGACUGCUGGGUGCAGGAGCAGGACUGUUGGAUGGUGGAGCCUCCCAGGAGAUGACACGCUUCGCCUGGCUGAAGGUGCUGAACCUCGAGAAUGCCCGAGUGUCAUGGAAGGUCCUUCGUGGGACUGAGCUUGUGCUGAACCUGUACUCGAAGCUGGUGCUCCGCUUUCCAGGGAUUCUUCAGUUUCUGAGUGGAUCCUCAGUAGAAGCAAACAUCACAUCACACAUUGCCCUGACCCAGGACUCUCCCAGUGACCUUAAGCUGGUGCUUAAGGACUGCAGCAACCUCCUUGGCGGCUUCAGGGUCAACCUGCGGAAAGGCCUCUUGACUAAUCUGGUGAGCAGCUUGGUGAACAAGUCUCUUAAGUCCCUUGUCCCUGCGCUGUUCUGCCCAUUAGUGAACAUGUGGGUCAGGAUCAUCAACAUUAAUCUGCAAAUCCUCAACCGUGUCGUCUCCUUUGGGCUUCUGGGGAAAAUCUACUCUGCCCUCCCCAAACUGCCAGUGACAGCUGGGCAGUAUGUGGAGCUGGAUCUGCAGAAUUCCCCUUUCCCAAGCACCUUCAUCGACUGGCUCCUUCAGACUGCAGGUGUCAAUCCCAGGAUACAGCCGUAGCUGCAGGAUUGGCAGCACCCCCGGG